CAUGUGCAAAAGGGAGUGGUUUUCCAGUCUCACUUUAUAGCUGACAUCAGCAAGUUCUUCUCUGUCAAGCUAGAGAACCAACUUAACCUUAACCAGAGACAAGAUGAGCCAAGAAACUGAAAUCUCCUCCUCUUGCUCUGAAAGCAUCCAUAUUGCAAGAUCUGCUGCAAACAGUGAAGAGCAGGAACCUCUGUUAGGAGCCACGGGUACCGGUGCAGAUGAAGACUGGGCAGUGGACAAGAUUGCUUCGGGACAAGAGCUCUCAGACUACAUACCACUCAGCAAUACUGUGUCUUCUGAGGUCAUCCGCCCCUCCGGUGAUGUCUCCGUAGCUACUGAUUUAAUGCAGCCACCAGUGGAUAACAACAAAAAGGAUCAAAAUGACCUGCCGGAUCCCCUAGCUGAGCUGGGAGUAUGUGGACUGAGGAACAUUGGGAAUACCUGUUACAUGAACGCCAGUCUGCAAUGCCUCCGUUCAGUUCCCUCUCUAAUGAGCCACUGCCUCUCCUCAGAUCCUGUCACACCUCUGGAAAAAGAGGAAGAUCCCAGCCGGUUGGACAAGAGUGUCACUUGCAGGACACACAUCCACACCACUUUCACAAGCCUGGUAAAGAAGCUGUGGUCCGGUCAAUUCUCCAGUGUUAGGCCUCGAUUGCUCAAGACUACUUUGGGAUUGCUACACCCUCAGUUCAGUGGGAGUAGACAGCACGACUCUCAAGAGUUCCUGGCCAUGUUGUUGGAUAAUCUUCAUGAGCACUGCUCCACUGACAGUUCAUCAGUCAUCAAUGAUACAUUCCAGGGGGAGCUACGCAAUGAGGUUGUGUGUGCAGAAUGUGGCAAUAUGUCAGUAAAGAUGGAGCCAUUUGUCUUCCUCUCUCUUCCUCUGCCCGGAGCUUACGACAUAAUAGUUGAGCUCAACUUUGUGAGUACAGAGUAUCCUCCAACUGUAACCAGGCUGGCUGUGAAGGUGUGCCGAUAUAGCAGUGUGGUGGAGGAUGUCAAGAGGGCAUUGAGGGUGCUACUGGGGAGAGAGGUAUCCUCUGAACUAUUAGUAUUGGCCGAGGUCCUAGAUGGAACAGUUGUCCGAACACUGGCUGAUAGUUUACCAAUGGACAGACUGAAUAGCAAACGUGGAGAGAAGCUGUUCAUGUUUGAGAUGAUCCCUGCCCAAAAUCUGAUGGCUUCUCUGCGUGCUCCAGACACAUCUACAGAUGGCCUCUCCUUGUCGGCUGAGGUUGCCAUGGAUACUGAUGCUCCCACAGCUGUUCCCAUGGAAACAGCGGUAGUAAUGAUGGAGUGGCAUUCGUGUGAUAUAUGUCUGGAGGAGAUGGUGGACUCUGACCUACUCACCCACGCCCAAUGUGGGGGUACACUCUGCUCAAACUGCCUGAAAGCUAGCAAAGCUCAUCAAGAAUCCAUUGACCAGAAGAGAAUCACUUGUCCUAUAUGCUCGAAACCUUUUUCUGAGGAGAGUAACUUCAAGCCCAUGACUGGAGAGAGUGGGGCUUCCAGCGGUGAUAAUGCCAUCAGUCUGCUUUUGAUGACAGUGCUGUAUCGCAGUUCAGAAGUCUUAGUGGGACAUCCACUGUUGAGGCACCUCCCAACACGAGCACAGGGGGCCGUGUUCCAUAGAGAAAUUGCCAAGUCCCUACCCCCUGAACCGUCAAAUCUCCCAUUCACCCUAAAGCUUACAGACGACAAGGGUCGGUGUUGUUCUCGCUGUGACUUCACAACAAAGUGUUCUGGGUGUGUGGUGAGCAACGACGAAUCAUCAUGCGACCUGAAGCCAGGUGACCACCUUACAGUGGAGUUCACCUCCCCCCUGUCAGCAGAGCAGCUCAAAAAAAUUAGGGUGGUUGAAGAGCACUCUAGUGUAUCACUACUGGAAACUCGACAGCUUACUCUCAAUGACUGUCUGAAUUCAUUUGCCCAGAGGGAGACACUGUCACAAGAAAACUCGUGGUUUUGCCCCAAGUGUGAGUGCCAACGGUUGGCCGAACACACCCUCAGUGUGAACAAGGUGCCUCAGACUCUCAUUGUGCAUCUCAAGAGGUUUAUCUAUCAUGGUCGUGAAGGUAGCAAGGUGGAGGGAGGGGUGGCGUUUCCCCUAGAACUCUCUGGGGUCAGUAAGAACGAUUCUACUACCCUACAACUGACAGCGUGCAUCUGCCACACUGGAACUCUCCACUUUGGGCACUAUACAGCGUACUGUAAGCAUCCGUGUACGGGAGAUUGGGUGUACUACAACGACUCAUCAAGCACCAAGGUCGACAAGCCAGACUGUCAGGACGCUGUCUACAUGCUCUUUUACCAGAAGCCAAUUGCUGCACCUACUGUGGAGACAGCAAAAGAAGAAUUUGACGAUUCUACAGAACGAGCUGCCACAGAAACCCUGCUAAGACUUUUCAAACCUGUGGUUCCCACAGCCCCACUACCACCUCCCCUCCCACUCAAAAGAUCAAGCAGCAAUCCGGAUCUAUCCAAGCCAGAAGAUGCCAUACCAGCCGUCAAGUUGCUACGAAUGACUGCUUGUCCUUGGUGAAGUUUAUAGGGAACUGUUUUAGUGUUACAAUAAUUAUUAUUGAGUGACAUAUAGUAUUACUACGUAUAAUUAUUUAUAUAGUCAAAUUUUAGUGUCUACAAUGGCUCAAUAUUAAUGUUAAAAAUAUGUGAA